AUGACCGUGCUUUUGUCAUCUUACAGGAGAGAAAAAUGGAGAAUGUCUAAAAGCCAAAUUACCGGCUCUGGUCGAAAGAGAUAUGUAUCAAAAUGGUUUGCUUUUGAUGACUUUAGUUUCAUGCAAGACAAGCUUACGACCAAUGAUACCACAGGCACUAUGCAGGAACCUACAUCAAAUAAUGAAGGCGAAUCUUCUCAAGAAACCUCACAAAAAAAACUAAUGGAGAAAAUGUUGGAGAGUGUUUUAUUAACACAAGCGAAAAAGUUUCAGAAAAACCUGCCAAGAACUCAAAGAAAAAGAAAACAUGAUGAAGAGGAGAAUGAAAUGUUGACGGAAGCAUUUAAAAUUCUUACUGGAACGUCUCAAGCUACUGAUCCAUAUCUCAGUUAUGGCCAGUACAUAGGAAAUGAAUUAAGAAAAUAUGACAAACACACUUUGAUAUACGUCAAACAGGCAAUAAAUAAUAUCAUUUUUGAGGCCGAUUUAGGCAAGUAUAGUCCAAAGUGCGAGACGCAACAUGGGACUCCAAAUUCGUCAACACGAAAUUUAAUUGAUGAUUCCUAG